AGUCACGUGGGAGCCGUGCCACGUCUCACUCCAUGACGUCACCUCUCUGCUGCAGUGUCCGUCUUCAUCCCGUUUUCCUCUCGUCUUUUCUCUCGUCUUUUCUCGUCUUUUCUCUUUGACACAUUUGUGAGGACAGAGCCUCGUGAGCCGUUGGAGACUUUAAAGCCUGUUGUCUCAAACACCAGCCUCUUCUGUCCGUUUGCAGAUCGAUGUUCACUGUUUCCUGGUCAGAGCCGCCGCCAUUUUGGAUUUGUACAAAGAAACAUUGAGCAGAGAGAGAGAGAUCUGAGCUUUAAGAGGAAAACAGGAGGAAAACAGGAGGAAAACAGAGGAGGAAAACUUUCUACGAGAGGAACAAGAGCCACCGACCAGCCAUGAAUCCAGAAUAUGAUUAUUUAUUCAAGCUUCUUCUCAUUGGAGACUCUGGUGUGGGAAAGUCCUGUCUUCUCCUGAGGUUUGCAGACGACACGUACACAGAGAGUUACAUCAGCACGAUCGGUGUGGACUUCAAAAUCAGGACUAUAGAACUGGACGGAAAGACCAUUAAGCUUCAGAUCUGGGACACUGCGGGACAGGAAAGGUUUCGGACGAUUACCUCCAGCUACUACAGAGGAGCACACGGGAUUAUAGUAGUGUACGACGUCACAGACCAGGAGUCUUUUAAUAAUGUGAAACAGUGGCUACAGGAGAUCGACCGCUACGCUAGUGAAAACGUCAACAAGCUGCUGGUGGGCAACAAGUGUGACCUAACCACAAAGAAAGUCGUGGACUACACAACGGCCAAGGAGUUUGCUGAUUCUCUGGGGAUUCCCUUUUUGGAAACCAGUGCUAAAAACACAACCAACGUGGAGCAGGCGUUCAUGACCAUGGCAGCGGAGAUUAAAAAGAGAAUGGGCCCCGGGGCCACGGCCGGAGGCGGAGACAAAUCCAAUAUGAAGCUGACGCCAGGGACCACGGUCAAGUCGUCGUCAGGAGGCUGCUGCUGAGACUGGAGCCCUCGGGACAGGGCAGAACUUUAGGCGUGUAGUGGCACCGAACCACGUCACCCCUGACGCCUCAGACUCACCGAGUCUCUGAGGCUGAGAGCCACUGUCUGUCUUUUCAUUCCUCCACCAGGGGGCACUACUAAAUCACUUUAAUUAGGAUUUGUUUGUCCAUUUUUUUGAUGUUUUUUUGUUUUGGACUGUUUGUCGGGCAUGGUCCAUCUGUCUGUACUGUCCUUCACACAGUAGUGAUGUAUGUACAUAAACAUUAUGUAUAUAUAUAUAAUUAUAUAUGAUCAUAUGGACAUCGGACUUACAGCUCGUGUUCAGUAUGUUAAUGGGAAAGUCUUGACAGUUAAUCCCUGCAUUCAGAAUAUGGCUAAGUGUAUUUUUGUUGCAAAACAUUUAAAAUGAAAAUAAAUCUUGUAACACCCAAA